ACCGGCCAGGGACUCGCAGACAUCGACAGAGCCUACAACCCCUACCGCCAGUGUGCACCGGACAAGGUAACGCCCCAAAAACCCACUGAGAUUGGGAACUCCAACCAAAACAGUGGACAGUUUCUCCACACGCCAGAAAAGGCAUCGGCCGGUGGCCAGUCUAAGCACUCGAAUGAUGCAACCCCAACUGUAGCAUUGACAACUGAAAACGAUGCCGACGAGGUACAGUCCCUAGAAGAAGGUGAGGCCGUGGACGACGAUGAUGAGGACAGUGGUGAGACCGAGAACAGCGACGAGGGGACUGAUUGUGCCGAGACGGCAUCGAACGACGUUGCACAGAGACUUGACGGCAAUCCCGGCCAACGGCACGGGGACCCUGUAAAAUACGAUUCACCACCAAGUCGCCGGGUCAACAUUGAAGGGCCACUUCGCGACUUCUUCCCCUCAUCCACACCGGGCUUGUCUGAUUUGCAGUAA